CUUUUCCUCAGAUCCCUCUACUCAGCUAACUUCAUGGAUUGACUCCCUUAUCUGUCUCUAUUCUCAUUUGGUAAUCGCGGUCCAAUAUCGUGCAAGUCAAAUGACAACGCCUACGACCCAUGGCACGACGCCAGAACGUACCACCUCCAAUGACAUAUCUUCUUUGAGCCCGCCAGUUGUGCCAUUGACCUACCACGGUUCUUCGGAUAAUGAGAAACCGCACUCGUUGUAUCGAGACAUAGAAUCUAGAAGUCUCGCAGAUGAGAAUGUCUCCUAUCCAGAAGGUGGCAAAGGCUGGUUGGUGGUUUUUGGUUCCUUUUGCGGCAUGCUUGCAGCUCUUGGUCUCAUGAACUCAAUUGGUAUCUAUCAAGCCUAUGUUAGUACACACCAAUUGUCCAACUAUUCGGAGGGUUCCGUAUCCUGGAUUUUCAGUGUCUAUUCCUUCCUAUCAUUCUUCUGUGGUGUCCAGAUCGGUCCUUACUUUGAUGCCAAAGGUCCGCGAUUACUGGUCGCCGUUGGAAGUGUGCUGUUGAUAGCCUGUACUCAGCUACUAGGUAUAUGCACAAAAUAUUGGCACUUCAUGCUUUGCUUUGGAGUGCUUGGAGGUAUUGGUACGAGCCUCAUUUUCACCCCUGCUGUUUCCAGUAUCUCUCACUGGUUUCUCUUGAGGCGUGGCAAUGCGACUGGUAUCGCAGCUACUGGGGGUGCUGUCGGUGGAGUCAUCUUCCCUCUCAUGCUGCAGAACCUUUUCCCCAAAGUCGGCUGGGAGUGGGCAACACGCAUCCAAGGCUUCAUCUACAUCGGUCUCCUCCUCAUGGCGAACUUAUUCAUCCGCUCCCGUCUCCCACCCAAGCCUGGUGGCAGUGUCUUGCCAGACUUCAGGAUCUUCCGGGAUAUACCUUUCGCCUUGACCACAGUCGGGGUGUUCUUCGCCGAAUGGGGACUGUUCAUUCCAAUUUCAUAUCUCACCUCCUAUGCCUUGACUUCGGGUACGUUUAGCGAAACGUUUGCCUAUCAACUCAUCGCCAUUUUCAAUGCUGGCAGUGUCAUUGGAAGAUGGGCACCAGGAUAUCUUGCAGACAGAGCCGGAAGAGUGAACUUGAUGAUCAUUUGCUUGAUUCUUUGUGCUCUGUCGUCAAUGGGACUCUGGCUUCCAGCGACAGUCCUCUCCGCGUCUGGCGAGGGCAGCGACUCGACUAUCCUAGGCUUGACUAUCACCUUUGCCAUCCUCUUCGGCUUCGGCUCUGGAUCCAAUAUCAGCUUGACGCCUGUUUGCGUUGGACAACUAUGCGACACUGAAGAAUACGGUCGAUAUUACAGUACUUGCUACACCAUUGUAUCGCUUGGUACGCUUACUGGUAUUCCUAUCGCAGGAGCACUACUCGAAGCCUGCAAUGGUGAGUAUUGGGGAUUAGUACUGUUCACGGGAUUGUGUUACAUCAUCAGCUACGUUGCGUUCUCAUGGGUCAGAGUAAUGAAGCAGGGAUGGGGUUUGAGAAAAGUCUAUUGAAAAACUGCUGUGGGCCAAGGGUCUUUGAUUUCGUGCUAUGUAUCGGAAGAUGUUAGCACCACGCUACAAUCAGCCGGGCUAUCCGAUCUAAUGGCAUAUCUAUAGAGUAAGUAGACAAUUGACGUAGAUGUAGCGGCCCAGAUAUCGCGCCAGAACCGAACUCUCAGCCUGACGAGGCACCUUGCAAAACAGCGGUCAAAAGGCACAAUUCUUUUUGGCUCGAUGCAGCUGUCCAAGGAAAUCGAGAAAAAGCGCCACUCUUAACC